AUGGCAGCCUCCGACGAUCUCAUCAACUUCGACGUUAUUGAAGCACAGAAAGAAAACAUCCAGGCGCUGCCCAGUGGUCGCUCCGCCAAAAAGCUGGCUCAGCUGUUCUCGCCCUCGCCUCUGCAGAAGCUGAACACACCGACACCCUCAGACACCAAAAAUGUCAACGAUUGCAUUCGAAUCGAGUACGAAGAGGAACUCCAAAACAUCUCCGAGUCGGACGAUCCUCUAGACAUUUACGACCGUUAUGUGCGAUGGACCCUGGACGCAUACCCCUCGGCGCAAGCAACACCGCAAUCUCAGCUUCACACGCUCCUCGAGCGCGCAACUAAGACCUUCAUUGGUUCAUCACAAUACAAGAACGAUCCCAGAUACCUCAAGAUCUGGAUUCUGUACAUCCAAUUCUUCGCCGACUCGCCGCGAGAAACCUUCCUCUUCCUGUCGCGACACAGCAUCGGAGAGUCACUUGCCCUUUUCUACGAAGAAUACGCCGCCUGGCUAGAGGGCGCUGGCAGAUGGAGUCAAGCAGAGGAGGUGUACAAGCUCGGCAUCGAGCGCGAGGCAAGACCAGUACAGCGCCUGAUUCGCAAGUUCAAGGAGUUCGAGGAGAGACUUGCCCACCAGCCCGAGGCCGACAACGAGCCCUCAUCGCCAGCACUUCCCACCGUGCGGCCCGCUUUGGCUGCAAAGAUUGACCCCUUUGCUGCCGCCCGCGCUGCGGCCGCUGUAGCUGCGGACCCCCAGGCCCCUCGACCCAGCCAGGGCGUGAGCACAACGGCGGCGAAGCCUGGCAAGGCUAAGAUGUCCAUCUUCUCGGAUGCCGACUCCGCGCCUCCUGCGUUGUCGUCGCGUGGACCAAGCUCGAAGGGAUGGGAUUCAAUCGGCUCCCUGGGCGACCGGAAGAAGGAGAACGUAAUGGAGCCCAAGCCGUGGGCAGGGGAGACAUUGAAGGCUGGCGGGAAGAAGAGCACUGCUCCGAAGAUGGCUAUCUUCAAGGAUACGUUGCAAGCAAAAGUGCAACCCAAAGCCCAAUCACGAUCAUCACGAGCGCAAAUGUCCAAGUCCCAUAUUACACUCGUGCCAUCAAAGAAUCAAACAGUAGUGAACCCCGUAAGCGGGAAGAAGGAGCGCAUUUUUGUUAGCCUCGAGGCCCUCUAUCCCACUCCCGAAGAACCUGGCUCAGAGCUUGGUUUUGAGGAAGUUUGGGCCAUGAACCGAGGCUGGCUGGAUGUCUCCUGGGACGACGUAUCACUAACUGAAGAGAUCCCUUCCGAGAUGAUGAGCGUUGAGCCUUCCUUGGUUGACGAUCUCAGCCAUUUAGUACGGGAGAAGAUGGUUGUUCACACAGAAACCGUAGUUAUGGAUGAGAACGGAGCCAUAGUCAUGAAAAAGGGGGGCAAGAGCAAGAAAAAGAAGACGAUGGAGGUGAACGAGACUCAAAUCAUCAAAGCAAAUCUAGACUCACCGUCUAGGCCGAAGCUGAAGAAGAGGAACACGGCUGAGCCAACGAUGACGCUCCAUACUCGUGCUGCUACGGAUGAGAUCUACGAGAUUUUCAACCAACCCAUUCAGUCUAAUCCUCUGGAUGAUGAGGAAGAGGAGGAAGAAGACGAAGAGGAAGAUAGUGACGAGGACGACGACUACGAGACAGAUGGCGACUACACUGAGGUUGAGAACACCAUGACUACUCGCCUGAUUGAAAACGACAACGCCGUCGAAGAAGCUGACGAAGAUGGCUCGGAUGUCAAGAGUAUCAGUGAAUGGUCUGACUUCUCCACGCGCAAGCACGUCCCUGUUCUUGACGAGGCCGCGACCCAAGCCGGUGUAGACGAUACCCAAGCUUCCGACUUGAUGAAUCCGGACUACGCUGAGCGUACCGGUCCUCUACCAGAUGAGCAGACUGCCUCCCAGGAUGGCAGAGAAUCAGGCGAUGAGCAGGAGGCCGAAGAAGAGGAGGAAGGUGAUGAGGAUUACCCGCCAAGAACGAAGACUAUUUUCGUUCCGAUACCCCCAGAGGAUUAUGAGCCCAGGACACGACCGUUUAGGGAUCCGGUCGAGAUGGCCAAUAACCGUCUCCCCUUCAUGACUCCGAUUACGGAGAGAACCGAAUCUUCUCUUGCGUUUACAGAACGGAAGGCGAGGUACGAGACUCCGUCACGUGAGGAAUAUGAGUCCACUAUCCAUGAGGAGGACUCUGACAUGGAAGAGCCGGGUAGCAGCCCAUUGAGGGAAGUGCUGAGCGAAGUUCGACCUAUCAAGAUUGCGCAGCCCCUUCUCGGUAAAGCAAAGUCUGCUCCAUCAAAGCCGACACCUCCCAAGGGACCAAUCAUCAAGGAGCUGCAAUGCAACCCAGUAGAUGAAGCUGUGAGGAAUGAGAUCCUCGCCAAUAUGCAUCCUUCUCUCGACUCAUACCCUGGAUUCUACGACCAUAGCCACGAGAAGUACGAAAAAGGCAAUGAGAUCCGCAAAUUCGCUAAGGCCAUGACGAAGGCAGCCAAGGGUGGAGAUAGAGUUAGCAAUGCUUGUGCCAUGGUCACAAUCGAGUUUCCCGAUAUUGCAACAGAAUAUACCAUCAGGAAAGAGCUCGGUGCAGGCGCUUUUGCCCCAGUAUAUCUGGUUGAGAACCCGGACGCAGACCAAGAAGACGAGGACGAGAACGGGGUCGUGGCCAUGGGCAAGGGCGCAUUUGCCGUCAACCAUCGGAGCCCUCUGGAAGCACUCAAGAUGGAACUUCCUCCAACGCCCUGGGAGUUCCACAUGAUGCGUCUUGCCCACACGCGCCUGGGUCCUCGGCACCGCGUAGCCGCCUCUGUUUCUUACGCCCAUGAGUUCCACCUCUACCAGGAUGAGGGCUUCCUCUUCCUUCCCUAUCACCCCCACGGCAGCGUCCUCGACGUUGUCAACUUCUUCCGCGCCGAGCCGUCUGCCGUCAUGGACGAGCAGCUGGCCAUGUUCUUCACCGUUGAACUGUUCCGCACCGUCGAGGCCCUACAUGCCCACGGCGUCCUCCAUGGCGACCUCAAAGUCGAUAACUGCCUCCUCCGUCUCGACCACGGCGGCAACGACCAGCCUCUAUCAACGCAAUAUAGCGCUACCGGCGCAGGCGGCUGGGACGCGCGGGGCGUGACCCUCAUUGAUUUCGGUCGCGGCAUCGACAUGCGCAACUUUGCGCCCGACGUGGGUUUCAUCGCGGACUGGAAGACGAGCGCGCAAGACUGCGCCGAGAUGCGCGAGGGUCGGCCGUGGACGUGGCAGAUUGAUUACCACGGCCUCGCUGGCAUUGUCCACUGCCUGCUGUUUGGCAAGUACAUUGACACGGUUCGCUGUGACCAGGGCGGGAUCGGGGCAGGCGGGCGCAAGUACCGCGUCCGCGAGAGCCUCAAGCGGUACUGGCAGACGGAGAUCUGGUCGGAGUGUUUCGAUUUGUUGCUUAACCCGGGGUCAUUUGUCGCCACGGAGGAGGGCGCUCGCAUGCCAGUCCUCAAGAGCAUGCGUAGCGUCAGGGAGAAGAUGGAGGCUUGGUUGGAGGGUAACUGCGAAAGGGGUGUUGGGUUGAAGAGUCUUGUCGGUAAGGUCGAGGCUUUUGCCAAGGGCAGGAGGUGA